CGUUUCCAAGAUGGCGAGCUUAUCCACGAGGAUCACGAUGAAAAGGACCAGGCUGAAUUGGCAUCGCUGGGAAAAACCAUCUAUAAUCAGGACGAUGCAUGGUUAUUGGGAAUUGGAAGAGGGAUGAGCGGGGGAGGAUACACUUCUAAUUUUAUUGAAAAUCGUAAUUACGGCAACAGUUUUGAUACAGGCAUUCAAGAAGGUUAUCGAAGUGGAAACCGGCAACGUACUGGCGUAGGCGAAACUGUAACUAUAAAUGUAACACCUGUUACCAAGACGAGGAAGACAGAGAUACGACGGGAACAAGAAUUUCAAAAUGGUCAACAAACUUACGACUUGAGACACGAAAGGCAGUUCACGGAUGGAAGUUUGAUUCAUGAGGAAUAUUCCGAAAAAGGUCCAGACGAGCUUGGAACGGGCGCCCAUCGAGAUGCUCUACAAGAUAUUUUGUCUGGGAGAACUCUGACAACUGCUUCUGAGUCCAAUUAUCGGCCAGCGUCAACAGCAAAUAGUCAUAGCCAACACUAUCAGGGCUCAUCUUACUCUACACAGACUCAACGGGAUAGCAAUAACUACGUUUCAGAACACCAACGUGGAAACUCGGGAUCAACUCAGCGCGGCCAAAAUACCGCUGGGAUUAACCCAAAUGCUGCAAUUGAAUCAUCCCGUGUUAAUAGUCAAUUAGGAACUAAUCUUCUUAAUUCUGGAGCACGCACAUUUGUUAUUGGUGACGGAGGAAUAGGCAAUUACGAGUCUUUACAUUCUGCAUCGGGUGUUUCUACUGGUAGUAGAACUUCGGGAACAAAGUACGACGGCGAAAGAUCGGAGGAAACGGAAGACGAGUCUUAUUCGUCAUUUGGCGCUGGCACAGAAAGUCAAACUGGAAGCAGCAGCUAUUCGAAUGAAAUUUCAUCCUCAUCCGAAGCUUCCCACCGUGGUGCCUCUGUUGGAACAUAUGGAACUACAGGAUAUGAUGCCUUUGGGAAUUUCGAAGCAUAUGCUGGUGGGGAUCGAACAGGGGGAAGAGCAAUAUCCCACCAGCGCGAAAUGGAAGUAGAAGAACAUUAUGAGAACGGGCAGCUUGUUAGAGGACGGGAGGCAGAGAAAGAAUGGAAGAACAACGAGCUUCAGAAACACGAAGAACGUGUGUAUGGACAGGGGGAAGCAAUUCGUGGACGUGGGACUUCAGUCCAGGUUAGUCCAGGUCUCACAUCAUCUUCAAGUUUCGGAACUUACGGUGGUUCAGCUGGAGGAUCGACCAUUUUUGGAGCCACAGGAUCCUUUGGGGCGUACUCUCCUCAAUCUGGUGCAGAUUACAACGCUCAGCCUUCAGUGUACGGAUCUCACAACGGAUACCAGAGCCAGUCGUCAGCGUUCAACAUUGAAUCAUCAAGUUCGGGGUCCCAGGGAGCGACUUACGGAAUUCCAGGUUAUCCGGGAGGUGGAGUCGGAGGCGUGACUCAUCGCAGAGAAAUGGAAGUUGAAGAGCACUAUGAGAAUGGCCAGCUCGUCCAUGGACGUGAAGAAGAAAAAGAAUGGAAAAACGACAAUUUACUAAAGCACGAGAGAAGGCACUACGGUGAGGAACAUGCGGCUCAACCAUCCAGCUCAGCUCUGACGUCCACAAGUUCUUCAGGAGUUUCGUCCUCGAGGCUUUUCCAUGACAGCGUCGAGGGCCAGUGCUCGGCAAGGCCGUGCAACAACGGGGCUUCGUGCGUGACAGGCACUCGGGGCUACCUGUGCGUCUGCACCUUUGGCUUUAGAGGAUUAAGGUGCGAUGAAGCCUACUGCCCGACCCGUUACUGCCGACACGACGGCAUUUGUCAGAUCAAGAGCGACGGGACACACUCUUGCUCCUGUCCCGUCACACACACGGGACCGCGGUGUGAGAUCAGAGUUCGGGACCGAGGGACACAGUGAAUAAUCACUGUCAUAAAUUCUAUUGUGCCAACACACUGGGGAUUGAGGUGCGAGAUCAGGGUUCGGGACCGAGGGACUCAGUGAAUUAUCGUUGUUAUUAAUUCUAUUGUACCGUCACACACACGGGACCGAGGGACACAGUGAAUAAUCACUGUUAUUAAUUCUAUUGUGCUGCCACACACACGGGACCGCGGUGUGAGAACAGGGUUCGGCACCGAGGGACUUUGUGAAUAAUCGCUGUUAUUAAAUUUAUUGUGCCGUCACACAGACGGGACCGCGGUAUGAGAUCAAGGUUCGGGACCGAGGGACUCAGUGAAUAAUCGCUGUCAUAAAUUCUGUUGUGCCGUCACACACACGGGGCCGCGGUGUGAGGAUAGGGUUCGGGUCCGAGGCACUCAGUGAUCGAUCACGCUAAUAAUUUCUCAUUACUUCAUUACUUAGUUGCAGAGUUUGCCUUCAUUUGGGAAUACAUUAAUUCGAGUACAAAAAUGGGGUCAAAGGAUUAUUAUAUGAUGAGGUUGAGAGCCUCAUUGCCGAAAUUUCGCUAGAAAGCAGUGACCGAAACAUGAAAUAGACGACGAGGUUGGUAACGAAUGUUUAACCAAAGCUUUUGGGCUGGAUUAUAUAUUAAGCACAGUUUCUAAUGUGAAGCAUAACACCUCAUAUCAUAUAUAAGAUAUUAUACUUAGUGAAUUGCAACUUCUUAACAUCAAUGUUGUAAAUUAUGGCGACUAAAAAAGGUAUGCCCGAUUGAUUAUUAACUACGAUAUAACAGUUGUUCAAACGAUCAUAACUAAAUAAUUGUGAUGACUGCAUGGC